GACAGUUUGAGUUGCUGUAACACAUAAAUGUAUUUAUUUUCCCGAUAUUGAAGAGCCUUUGCUUGACAUGAUUCUGCAUUUUCUUAUCGGAGGAUUCUUUCGUUUCAAACCAUUUUGCAAAACUCCUGUCCUGCAUUUAGUGCUGCAUAGGCAAUGCGCUUUGGACUGCCUGCUACAGAAGGAUUGCAGGCUGGUGGACCUCUGAGGGCAUUCUUUGUGAUUGCGUUGCUUAGCGUGUUGAUGCUCACGCUGCUGAGGACUGUGGGAUUGAGAGCAUUCUCCAUGGCGUCCGAGACCUACAUGUCGGGCACACACUCUGCUGCCUUCGUCACCUGCCCCAAUGAACAGGUGGCCAAAGAUCUGGCCAGGGCCAAACUGAGCCAAGUUGGGCUGAACUGGUUACACAUCCACCAGGGCUGCUUGAACCGUGCUGGAAAGGACCCUGUCAAAAUAAAACAUCAGAGCCGAGGAAUCGCUGAGAAGAAGCUGGCUGCUUGUGUCAACAUCGUCCCCAAAUUACAUCUAUAUGAGUGGCAGGGGAAGAUCCAGGAGGAUAGUGAAGUGUUACUGAUGAUAAAGACCAGAAGUUCUAAGGUUGCAUCUCUGGCAGAAUAUGUUAGGUCCAACCACCCAUGA